AUGAAAAUACUUUUGUCCACGACUGUAAAAGUAUCCCGUGUAAGUAUAUCUAUAACACGUAAAUCAUUGAAAUUUUUUCAAUCAGUAUAUAAAUCUGAUUUUCUCAUUGUAUCACCUGUUGGUCUUCGAACAUUACUUGAAAAACGUCGUCGUAAACGUAAACAAUCAUCGGACAAUUCUGAAUCUGAUAGUGAUAAUGAAAAUACAAAUGAAAAUAAUUCAUCUACUAUAGCUGAUUUUUUAUCAUCAAUUGAAUGUGUUUAUAUUGAUCAAUUAGAUAUAUUAUCAAUGCAAAAUCUUGAUCAUCUAUUUUAUAUAUUAGAAAAUCUGAAUUGUAUUCCACAACAAGCAACAUCAUCAACAGAUUUUUCUCGUAUACGUCAUUGGUCAUUAAAUGGUUGGGCACGUUUCUAUCGUCAAUUAAUUGUUCUAUCAUCGUUUACAAGUCCAUUAUUUCUUAGUUUAUUUCAUCGUUUUUCAACAAAUUAUUCAGGACAAUGUUUAAUUCAACCAUCAUUUCCAUUAAAUGGUUAUAUACGUCCAGUGUCAACAUUUCAUCAAUUAUUUCAACGUAUACCAAUAUGUGAUCCAACAUUAAGAUUUAAUUAUUUCAUUGAACAUAUUCUACCACGUUUUGAUACAUCAACAUAUGAUCAUACAUUAAUUUAUUUAUCAUCAUAUUUUGAUUUUGUACGUUUAAAAAAUUAUAUGCGUACAGAAAAACAUAAACAAUUUAAUUAUUUAACAUUAAGUGAAUAUUCAACAAAAAAACAAAUUCUAUUAGCAAGAAAUAUAUUCUAUCAUCGUCAAGUACGAUUUUUAUUAAUGACAGAACGUUUUCAUUUUUAUCAUCGUUAUCGUAUAAAAGGUAUACGACAUAUAUUAUUCUAUGAUUUACCAUCAUAUGGACAUUUCUAUCCAGAAAUUGUACAAUUUUUAACAUUACCACAUGUAAUAGAUAAGAAAAAAACAACACGAACAAAUCAAACCGAUGAACCAAGUACAUGUACGACAUUAUAUGCCAAAGAAGAUGCAUUAAAAUUAGCUUAUAUACUUGGACAAAAUGCUGUUACUGAUUUGUUAAAUUCAGAAAAAAAUACACAUUUGUUUACGAAUAAAUAA